CCCCACAUAUACUGUGUCUGUUUGGGUAUAAUCUGGCAGACUCCGCCCCGGCAGCACCUCCAGCUGAUGGUCUGCCUGCGAGCUGCUGAAUGUUUGGAAUUGUUGUGAUGGGAGGCCGCAGCCAUCUUGGAUGAGCACCGCUCCGCACCGAGUACCAACGGUCGACGGUGACGGUGAAGCAGCCAGCCAGCUAGCUAACGUUAGCUGCUGCUCGGAGACAUUAACCUCACCUCUUAUUACGACUAUGCUUUAUUUGCGCCUGUCUUGUAGUCGACGCAAUGUGUGCGCAAAAAUGGGCAUAAGUAGUUUUAGACGUUUUGCGACUGUAAUUUAGAAAAAGGAAAGGCGUUGCUGAACCUCGGUAUAUUUUUACAUUUCUGGAUAGAGGAGUUACUAUGAAUGGAGGAUAAAUGUUGCCGAAGGCUGACAGCAGCAGUUUCGUCCUCCUCUUCUCUCUUCUCUUCGUUCUCACACUAACGGACCCACCACGGACAGGUCCACGGCUAGCUCUGGCAAGAUUAUUGUCGGAGCAGCGCUGCAACACUGGGCAGUUCGCCUGCCGCAGUGGGAAGAUGCAGUGUAUCCCGAUGUCCUGGCAGUGUGACGGCUGGACAGCAUGCGAGGACAAAAGCGACGAGAUGGACUGUCCCGUUAUAAAGGCGGAGAGGUUUCGCUUUGAGAAUGGAUACGAGAACGUAGAAGACGUCAUCGGCGUGGCUCAGCCCGUUCGCUUCAACAAGAAGUGUCCCAACGGCUGGCAUCACUACGAGAAGACGGCCAGCUGCUACAAAGUCUACCUGAAGAACGAGGACUACUGGAAGGCCGUGGAUACGUGCCAGAAGGUUAAUGGCUCCUUGGCUACGUUCGUGACCAGUGAAGAGCUCCAGUUCAUACUGGAGAUCGAGCUGGACUUUGACGACAAAGUGUGUGAGCUCAGAGAACAGUGCACGUUUUGGGUGGGCUAUCAGUAUGUGAUCACCAAUCGAAGUCACACCUUGGAGGGCCGUUGGGAAGUGGCUUCCAAAGGGUCCAUGCAGGUGAUUUGGCCGCCUGAGGGCCUGGAGAAGUUUGGGGAGACCUCUCCCUCUCAGGACAACGUCUUCUGUGCCCAGCUGCAACGCUUCCAGAGCAAGAGCAUGAAUGAACACGGCCUGCACAGCUGGGACGCUGAGAACUGCUACAAGAAGUUCCCGUUCCUCUGCAAGAGGAGGCAAACAUGUGUGGAUAUAAAAGACAAUGUAGUAAAUGAGGGCUACUACUUCACCCCGAAGGGGGACGACCCGUGUCUGAGCUGCACGUGUCAUGAUGGCGAGCCGGAGAUGUGUGUGGCGGCGCUGUGUGAGCGGCCGCAGGGCUGCACUCGCUUUCAGAAGGAUCCCAAAGAGUGCUGCAAGUUCACCUGCCUGGAUCCCGAUGGAAGCACUCUGUUUGAUUCGAUGGCCAGUGGGAUGAGGCUGAUCGUCAGCUGCAUCUCAUCCUUCCUCAUCCUGUCGCUGCUGCUCUUCAUGGUGCACAGACUUCGUCAGAGAAGACGCGAACGCAUCGAGACUCUGAUCGGAGGCAACUUGCACCACUUCAACCUCGGAAGACGAGUGCCGGGCUUCGACUACGGCCCGGAUGUCUUCGGCACCGGUCUCACUCCUCUGCACCUGUCUGAUGAUGGUGAAGGCGGGGCUUUUCAUUUCCAGGAGCCGCCUCCGCCGUACGCCGCCUACAAAUAUGCCGACAUCCAGCACCCAGACGACCCCCCUCCUCCGUACGAAGCCUCCAUCAACCCAGACACCUUCCUCUACGUGGACUUUGGACACAGCGGAGUCUCUAUGGUGCCGAGCCAGAUGAACUCUCUGGGCGACGGGCUAGAGGUCGAACUUCCCAACUCCCUCGCUCCAGCGCCCGUUUGUGUGCCAUCGUCUCAAGAGAGGGAGGACUCCAUAGACAGCAGCACCCUCCUGGUGGGCCCUGACACGCCAACAGAUGGCCACGCCCCCGCCCCUCUGCCCGCAGACUGCACGUCCUCCCUCAGCACUGUGGUAUAGGAGCGAAGGACAGAGCCGCACCCGGAUCUCUCUAGUCAGAACCGCAGGCUGCUGAUGUCGGCUGCAGGGAACAGACUUGUAUUUUGUACAGACGUAUAAGAAAGAGCGGCGACUGUUUUCUUAAAGCGGGGUUUUUCCUUCUAAAGACGAAGUGUUCGGAUUUGUUUGCUUUUUGAAGACACUGGCAUCUGAGGGAGCAGCAAGGACUGAUUCUGUACAAAAAAACCAAAAACGUCCCAAUAAUUUGACAUGGCUGCACUCCUUGUUUUGUCGCUGAGAAGCAGCCUUAUUGGGUGAAACCCCGUCUGCUGUAAAUGCUCCCUGAGGUUCAGACUUUAUACCUGUGUGUUUCAGUCCCACACAGCAUCAAACUACCAACCCAGCUUUUGUUGCCCGUACGCUUUUUGUUGCGUCACACUUUGAAACGGCAGCGUCUUUACCGAUCUCCGAGCUACCAUAACAUCCACAGCAUGACCCGACAUGAUGAAACCCUUCAUUUUUACAAUCCGAUCUAAGCAGCCGUCUUCCAGAUUUAUAGCACAGAUUUGCAGAAGCAGAUGUUUUAUAGCUCAGAAGGUGUUUGGUAGUCUGUUAUAGUUGGGCUUUUAUUGGGUUACGCUGACAAAAAGCUUUAGAUGUCAGAAAACUGUGUCGAUGCUGGUUGUUAUCAGUUUGGUGUUACGUUUGUUUAUUAAUUUAUGACUGCAGGCUGUAAUUUUGGUUGCUUGUUGGAAAUGUGUAAGCUGAUUUUGAUCAAUGAUGUGACACAGACCUGGUUGCUGUGUGGGUAAAGAUUAGAGAUGAAGAUGUUUCCUAGAAGGAAAAAUAUUGAUUUAAAAGAUUUCUCCAAUUAUGAAUUAAGUCAUGCUAACAUUCAAAUGAUAUAUUAUUUGUGGUUGAGCCUUUGUGUACAGUCUUCACGUAUUGGUUUGUGAGGUAAGCUCAUCGACUGUCGCUUCCUGUCCAUCCCAGAAUGUGCCAACCAGGCGUGGGCUGGCAUAACGUUUUCUUGGUGACAUCAUUUUAGUAAAAACAUGCAUAUCAAGAUAUUUUCAGGCCACUGUGAAACAAAAAGGCAGCGUAUAGCGUAAUCUUAUAUAUUAAUUAAAAGCAUGCCUUGGUGUUGCUAAAACAAUCUGAGAUAUUGUUUAUUACAGGUACAUAAAACGGAGAAUAAACACAAACCACAUAUAUUAGCAGCUAUCAGCCAAACAUGUUGAUUGUUCACAAUGUUUCUAUUUAAUCCUGUAAUUCUGGAUGAGUUUGGAAAAUUCUUCAUGAUAUUAUUAAAUCAAGGUGUUGAGGUUUCCCCAAACUUUAAUAAUCCAAAUAAAUAAAAAGACUUUUUUGCAUUGGCAUGCAGACAAAUGUUGACUUGCCACUCUAAGAGCUGACCAGCUAUAAAAGGAAACUCAUUCUGAAGUUAUUAAAUUAAAAAUAUUUGCAAACAACCUGAUUUGUUGUUUGUAUAAUCCAAGGACAAAUGAAUGAAACAGUCCAAGGAUAAAUGAAAACAAUUAAGUGCUUUUUGGCUUCUGGACCCAAAAAAGCAUUAAUUACAUUGAUUUCUGGAGAUGGAUCAAAAGCUUUAGAGUCUUUCUUUCAUUACUAUACAUCAUAUUAAUGCUCAAUUAAAAAAUCUAUAUGUUUAUUUGACUUUGAAAUGGAGAGACGUUUGUGGAGUUUCCAAAAAAUAUAGUGAACUAUCCCUUUAACACACUGCUGAAUUGUAAACCGACCAAAUAAUAAACCUCAACCUGUUAAAUGUUUUUUAUUUUUUUUUUUUUAUUUUUUUUUACUGUCAUAAAAUCUACCAGGAAAAAAAAAUAAUUUUGAAGUGUAAACUUUGUAGUAACCAUGAGUGUGGAAUAGUUUAGGUUUUUUCCCAGUUUAAAAACUCAGAAAACUGAUCAUUAUCAGAUCUACCGAGCCAGCAGUCCGCUGCUUGACGUACAAAGCUAGCCAACUAGUUUUAAAUCAAAAAUAUUUCCAAACAGCCUGAUUUCUUGUCCUUAACAUCCAAGCACAAGUUUAAUUCCUCAGCUCUACCUCUUUCUCUGGCAUCUUAUUAAAGGGAAUUAAAAUGGGUGGCCAGCCCAUGCCUGCGUUGAACCUCUGCAGAACGUGAUGGUUUCUGCAAAACUGUUGCUGUUCUCGUUUUGUCAUUUUCUCUCUUUGAUGAAAUGUGUAUUUAGAAAAAAAAAAAAAAAGUUCGGA